GCUUUAUUUCAAACUAUUAAACAACUUUGCUAGGUUCUAGUAAAUUGUUUGUUAUUUUUAUAGAACAACCACUGCCCACACACUAGAGCCACAGCAGUAUCCAAAUUUUGUAUAUAUUUCGCGUUCACAUUUUUAGGCACAAACCACCAGUUCAUCAGAUCGCCACCAGUCUGUUCCGUGUCCUGUCUGUCUGUUUCCGGUAUGGAGCAGUUCUUCGGAUUUCCGGCUAGUGGAAUGGGUCUGGGAUUGGUUCAGAUGCCGCAGUGUGAAUAUCCAAUCCCAGGUGCGAUGGAAUACUCGCUCAAUCCCAAUGCGGUGGAGUUCGUGCCUUCGUAUCGUCAGAAACCAGAAUUCCCAAGCACAGUAACCAAAACGGAGGCCACAUCGACAACUACAUUGCUCCAUCCCGGAAUGCUAGGGGAUGCUGUGGAUCAUGCUGGAAAUGGAUUGCAUGUCCGUCAGAUCUUCGAGCUCCUGAGCCAACUGGGAGAUGAACAGAUGCCGCUGGAGGAGGUCUCAGUGGGUUUGUUACCAGGUGGCCAAGGUCUCAGCAUGACAUUCACCACAAAUAAGCCAGGACAGCUGCCGCUUCCGGAUUCAAUGAAUCCGUUCUUCCACAAGAACCAUAGCCUCCAGCUGGCUGUGGGCGAUCAGGAAAAGGUGGCCAGCAGACCGGAGAGCGUUCUGGUGGCCCAGUUUCUCAUCCGGGUCAACGAUCUACUGAACGAGAAGUACGAAUACGGUGGAGAUGCCUCCGUGUGUCCCAGGUGCACUUUGUGCUCCAAUCGCAGCUACACGGAGCUGGAAAUCGAGAAUCAGAUCGAGGGUAUAAAGGCCUUCGAGAACUUCUUCACUUUUACAGAGUCAACGCGCUACCAAGACUUAGUUUCCCACAAGGCCUUCAAGGAGCUGUGCCGUAAACUGGGCUUGAUCGUGAGCCGGGAUCAGAUCCACAUUAACCGAGUUGCUGAUAAAAUGACCACUGUGGUUCCUCCACCAACGGCACAGCCUUCCGCUGUCACUGUUAGCAAAGACGUCAUGGAACCCGAUGCGAAAGGUGAUGCCUAUGCUGGCGAUGAUGAAUCUCGUUCGAACGAAGGUGAGCUGACGCCAAGAGGAAAUCCUGAUCCGUCGAUGUCAACAGAAUAUGUUAGGGGAAAGCUUUACAGGUACGAAGACUCCGAGGGAUCUCAGCUGGUCAACGAGUUAAAUGAAGCUCAGCAAAGUACUGAUUCAAUGAUAGUGGAUGACUUUAAUUUCGAAUCAGCAUCUAGUUCACCGAUCAAGUCCGUGGUGACCACCAGUAUGCCUGCUAGCUUCCCCCGUUUAUACAAAUCGGCCAAGGCCAAAUGCACAGGUAGAGGAGCUGGACCUAGUGGCGUCCAGAGCUCCCCACAGCCUCACAGAAGUUCGGGUUAUGCCCGUUCGGUGGUGCGGCCAGCACAGGUUACACCCAACACCAUGGAGAAAUGCCGGAGCGCCGCAGUCGGUGGGCACUUCCAAGGUGGAUCAUCUGCUUCUCGAAAGAUGGAAUCAUGCCCACCGGGUGCAGCUCGCAAGCAAAAUCGCUUGACUAUAGCGAAAUCGGGCUGUGUUUACCAGCAACCGGGGAACAUGACAGGAGUUGCCUCAGGCCGUGUGGGCAAACAGGGAAAACCAGGGAACACUAUACAGAAACAGCAGGCAAAUCACAUUGGCAAGUCGGGAAAGAGUUCCGCCCCCAGUAGGAUGGGGAUACCCAAUUCGAAGCAAAACCAAGUUACAUCGCAGCGAAUGAUCCCAAGAAGCACAAAUGCUUCCAUGAUGCGUCAAACGGAAGUCAAAAGGCGCAUGAGCCUGAUGCGCGGCGAUAGCGAUACUGAUUUGCUCUACAACGAAUAUCUCUUCAAAUGAUUUGCAGGUGAAUUCUGCAGAUUUGUUGCUUCUCUUUCAAAUAUAAUUGUUCUUCACGCAAUAGACCAACAUAAACUCUAUGCUGAUUCCUUUUCUAUUUGGCUAAAUAAAUUUUAAAAAAUUC